AUGCCCGUGCAGCUUACAUCGGGAAAAUUGGUCCUGUCCCAUUCCAAGGGGGCCCUUGUCGAAAUACUUCUCUAUGGCGCCAGUGUCAUCUCAUGGAAGUCCGGAACGAAACGCAACCCAGAGCUUUCCGAACGUCUGUUCGUAUCGAAUAAGGCAGCAGUAGAUGGUAGCAAGCCCGUGCGCGGAGGUAUCCCAGUCGUUUUCCCGUGUUUCGGGCCUCCAACACAUCCAGACCAUACUCGUUUGAAUCAGCAUGGUUUUGCCCGACAUUCCGUUUGGAGUUGGGACGGAACAUCGAUUGAUGAGAAGGACGCUGUUUCUAUCAAACUCACAUUGCGACCAACAGAAACAAUCCCAACAGUCUAUAGCAAGCCGUUCCUAUUGACAUACGUGGUGACGCUGUCGGAAUUCGACUUGAAGACAGACCUUCAUGUUCAGAAUACUUCCUUCGCCGAUAACUUAGAGUUCCAUACUCUGUUCCACAACUACAUCCGGGCUCCAUCGACCGACGUGCUUGUCGGUCCCCUUCAAAAUUUUACAUAUUACGAUAAAACGGAAUCAACGGAGGCAGGUAAAUCGAGGCCAAAGGUGGAAGCCAGGGCAGGGGUAGAUGUCAAGAAGUUCACGGACUCGGUGUACGAGAACACGAAUGGGAAGUAUGAGGUGAUAUGGCCUGGUGGCGGGUUAGACAUCACGGCAAGUAAUCUCAAGGAUGUGGUGGUCUGGAAUCCUCAAGAGACUGGUCGGAAAAUUGGUGACAUGGAGGAAAAUGGAUGGGAAAAUUUUGUUUGUGUUGAGCCAGGCUAUAUUCGAGGAUUUGUCAAUUUGGAACCCGGUGGAUUGUGGACUGGCGGGCAAACACUCAGUGUCGUACACGAAGAGCGGCGUUUGACAUACCUGUGA